AUGUCAGGUUGUACAUUCCUGUUGCUCCUAGCGCUGGCCGUCGUAGGUGUCCCGUCCUGCCUUGCGGCACCGGGCCCAGGGUACGACGCGUCGUUCCGCACGCACUUCCGCCUCCCGGCCUUCUGCAACGGCACCUACUGCACCAUCGGGCCGGAUGGCACCGUCUCGCUCACUGCCGCCAAGAACAAAAUGGGAGCAUUCGAGUCGAAGAGCUACUACCAGUACGGCAUUUUCGAGGUGAAGAUGAAGCUGCCGCCGGGGUACUCGGGCGGGCUCAUCCCGUGCAUCUACCUCAUCUCGGGCGAGGGGCUUGACUACCGCGACAUUCACGACGAGAUGGACUUUGAAUUCCUCGGUUGGAGCGACCCUAAACAGAUUAAAAUCCACACCAAUGUCAUCGCUGGAGGGUACACCAACGUCGAACAGUACAAGUUCGCAUUUGACCCGUCGGCAGACUUCCACACGUACACCAUGGUGUACGCGCCGAACUGGCUCGUGUGGAAGAUCGACGGCAAGCCCAUCCGCAUCACCUGGCGCGAGCCGGGAAAGCCUUUCCCCUCGCUUCCCAUGAAAGUCAUGGGCUCGAUAUGGGACGCAUCCUUUUGGCUGCCGUUCAAGAGCGACUAUUCCAAGGGCAACGUGACAGUCAAGUUCCGCCGCUUCGACCUGAAGGACGCCUGCCGGUCCGUAGAUCUCAAGGUCCAGCCUGCUUGCGCCUUCCGCAAGGACGCGCGCAAAGGCGCGUGGCUGACGCGGCCUUCACGAAACGACAUCGCGCGCGCCAAGCGACACAGAACGCUGGAUGGGGGAAAGACUGGCGGAACGCGGGGCAGUCGGGAAGGGGACGCUGCGACAAUGGCAUGGGGGGAGGCGGCCGCGUGGGGAGGGGUGAUGGUACACCGCGCGCAGUGGCACUCCAGCAGACAGCGGAGGGGCGCGCAGGCGGACGGUGGGCAGGGGGACGUCGGGCGGAGGGCGGCUGGAAGGGUCAGCGCCAACGGGGCAGAUGGAACAGAGGAGGCGGAGAGGGGCGGGGCGGUGGCGCACCACUCUGUGUGGCGCACCCAUGGCGGGGCGAGGAACGCGGAGGGGGGCGGGCAAGUGGCAGAAGCGGAGAGGAAUGAUGAGGAGGCGCGAGGGAGCGAUGGGUGGGGGGGCGAUGGGCGGGCAGGCGAUGGGCGGGCAGACGUGUCUACUGCUGCAGUGGCAGCGGAGAGAGGCGGGAAAGAAGGGGAGAGGGUGGUUCAUCAUGAGCGGUUGCACGGGGGUGCGAGCAAGGAGGAUCAGCAGCAGCAGGCAGGGGAGGGGGUCAGUGCCGGUGAUGCGAUGGGUGAGGGCGGGGGACGCACGGAAGGGGCGGGCCACGGGAGGUGGCACGUGCAUGGUGCAGUGCAACAGGAUGGGGAGGCGUGGGAGGAGAGGGAGGGGACGGCAGCGGAACCAAUGGCAAUGGCUGAGGGCGGGGAUGAGGACACGAGGUGGAUUGUGCAAGGCGGGCAACAGCACCAUCCAGCACUGCACACGCGGCCAACGGUGCUAAAGCAGGGAGUGGAGGGGCAUAGCGGGGCGGAGGCAGCAGCACAGGCAAUGGGUGAGGGCGGGGAGGAAGACACGAGUUGGAUGGAAGACACGAGUUGGAUGGAGCAAGAGGGGCAGCAGCACCGACCAGCGCUGCACACGCGGCCAACGGUGAUGCGGCAGGGCGUGGAGGGGCAUAGUAGGGUGGAAGGGACAUGGACAGAGAGGUUGAGGAUGGGGAGUGCAGCAGAGGGGACGGCUGGGCAUGGGGAUGCGGGAGAGGGAGAUGUCAGUUUGCAGAUAGAGCAGCGCCGGCCAGCGCUGCACGGGGGACUGAUGGUGCCGCAGCAUGGGGAGGGGAAUGCACAGAGGGAGGGGGAGGGGAGAGCGCGGAGGCAAGGUGAGUCAGGCAGGCAGGGAGGCGAGGACGCAUGGGGGGCAGCGGGCGAGGGAGCAGACGAGGGAGAAGUGGGCGUGAGGGGCGGAGGGCGGAGGGCCGAGAGGAGUGGGGACAGGGGGCGUGAGGCCCACAGGGAGCGAGUGGGUGGGCGCGGGGAGGCAGCAGAGGAGGCUGUGGUGGCGCGGGUAGAGGAGCCGGGGGAGGUAGUUGACGGGGGGAGAGUGCAGGACAGCCCGGAUGGGUUGAGCAGUGGUGGUGAAAACGGGCGUUUUGGGGCUGAUGGCGGGCAGGGGACAACAGCCCACCGCAGCGCUUGGCACUCGUCUGCUUUUGAGUCGACUCAAACGCAGCAUACAGGGGAUGGCGAGAGGCUUGGGAGGGCAGAGAUGAGUGGGAGGGCAGAGACGAGUGGGAGGGCAGAGACGAGUGGGAGGGCAGAGAGGAGCAGGGAAGAGCAGGGGCAGUGGGAGGGGAUGGGGAUGCAGGCAGAGCACAGUGACAUGCGGCUUGCGGUGGGAGGGGGGAAGACGGGGGCGAUGGGACAGGGGCAGUGGCAGCACGUGGAUGGGGGAGUUGACCUGCUGACGCCACACCAUUCCGUGUGGUGUCACCACUCAGGUGUGUUCAGCGACCCCUCAGGUGUGGUAGCAGCCUGGGUGCUGCCACGUGCUGCCAUGGUACCAUUUGCUACCACGUUCCCGUUUUUCCUUCCCUCCUUUUUGCUUUCCCUCGCCUCGCCUUCUCAACUCAAUCCACCCCUCCCUCACCCCCUAUCCCACCCGCCGCCUCGCCACCAGGCACGUUGGAUAACUGGGACCCAAAGGACCCCACUCCCUGCUCCUGGACGGGCGUGCAGUGCAACCCCUUCUCACAGCAGGUCAGAGCAACCCCUUCUCACAGCAGGUCAGUGCAACCCCUUCUCACAGCAGGUCAGUGCAACCCCUUCUCACAGCAGGUCAGUGCAACCCCUUCUCACAGCAGGUCAGUGCAACCCCUUCUCACAGCAGGUCAGUGCAACCCCUUCUCACAGCAGGUCAGUGCAACCCCUUCUCACAGCAGGUCAGUGCAACCCCUUCUCACAGCAGGUCAGUGCAACCCCUUCUCACAGCAGGUCAGUGCAACCCCUUCUCACAGCAGGUCAGAGCAACCCCUUCUCACAGCAGGUCAGUGCAACCCCUUCUCACAGCAGGUCAGUGCUUUCUUUAUUUCCCUUCGCUGCAUCUUCCCCUCGCUACACUUUUCCUUCGCCUCAUCUUCCCCUCUCCCCCAACCCACCCCCCUUCCCUCCGACAGGUGGUAGGCCUAGACCUCUCAGCAGCGUGGUGGGACUAGACCUCUCAGCAGCAUCCCUCCUCGGCGACCUGGCCUUCCAGGACCCGCCUCUGGGCGCGCUCACGUCGCUGCAGCGCCUGCAGCUGGCGGACAACCUCUUUUCAGGCUCCAUCCCCGACUCGCUCUCUUCUAUCCGCAGCUUACAGGUGCUAGAGCUAGCCAACAACGAUCUGGACGGCAUCAUUCCCCCAACGCUCUUCUCCAACCUGCCCUCCCUCGCCACCGUCGAUCUCAGCGACAACACCCUCUCAGGGCCACUGCCCCAGGACGUCUCAGCCAUGCAGUCGCUGCUCUCGCUGGACGUCAGUGGUAACCGCCUCGAAGGGCCGCUGCCGGACAAUCUGUCGCAGCUGCGCCAGGUGUCGCAGCUGGUGCUGGACGGCAACAAGGGGUUAAGUGGGUCGCUCAGUCCCGCUGUGCUGGGGUCACUGCCUUCACUGCAGGUGAUCUCAGCUCGAGGCUGCAGCUUCAGCGGUUUCCUGCCGCCCGCUCUCGGCUACGCGCCGCGCCUGCAGUCGCUGGAUCUGGGCGGCAACCAGCUGGCGGGCGGCAUACCGCCCACGUGGGGGCAGAUGGGCAGCCUGACCUCGUUGGUGAUGGACGGCAACCAGCUGUCUGAAAGCAUUCCCUCCGCUCUCGACGGCCUCUCCGCUCUGCAGGUGGGAUUCAAAGAGGUAGGGAGAGCGGGUGUAGGGUUUUAA